AUGAAACAUCUUAUUGUUACUCUCUUGACCUUCGCGUCUACCCUGUUCAGCUCGAUUCUUGCUUUGCCUGGCGAACCGAGCGACCCCGACUCGGACGACAGGGUUCCCCCCAGCGGAGGAUUCCUCACUCUCGUCAAGACAAUGCAAAGACUUGGAAUAGCGGGCAUCAAACUUGACAGAACCCUCGAGAUGUCGCAGAUUACGCCCGAGACUUUACAGACCAUCCGGCAAUUGACCCAGGACAUCGAGAACAUCGUGACCCAGGCAACCGCCAAGGCAGAUACCCUGGAAGUUCUGGACCCCAUCCGCAGCACCAAGCUGACCAAGAAUGCCUUGCCCAUGAAGCCCGUGUUUGGCCACUUGCUCAAGGUGAUUUCGAAGGAGAAAGAAAAACUAUGCGCCGCUCAAUUCUGCCACGAAAUGCGGGACUUUCUGACGUGGAUGCGGAUUCGAUGCCACGAACUCGCGGAAUCUCUGCGAGGCAUCGUCGGAUUUGGUGACGGGAAGCUGAUUGAAGUCUGUGCAGACCUGAUUGAUAAGCAGUAUGCCAUGACGAUCACCGAGUAUGAGAAGCUGAUCCGAUCUGGCCGCGACGAGGACCAACCCGAUGACCAGGCUCUGAUGUUGGAUCGCCUGAGGAGGGCUCCCCGCGAGGGUGAGGAACAAUUGGGAAGGAAGUGAGUGACCAUGGGGUUACCUAGUAAUGAGUUAGUUGCAUGGAAAGUCUUGAUUGUGCUGUACCUUAUCUUGCUGAGCAAGUGGUCCCUGCCCUACACGGCCAAUGCCUGAAUUCAUAAAGAUACCCAGGCUGUCUGCACCCUUUGAUCAAGAUCUGAUAGCAUGGUAUUGGAAAUUCUCUUUGCACUACCCGGCGCGACGCCUGGCCACAUCCGGACUGGCCGAUAUGGUUGGGACUAAUUUGUGCCUAUGAUGUACAAUGAUCGCUUACC